GCCAUGGAAUUAGAAAGGUUUUUCUAUUGCAGCUUUUCCCUCUGAUUAAAAAAGCCCCUUUUUGUAUCACAACUCAGAAGUCGUCCCCAAAUAGCAGCUGCGACUGUUAGAUUCAGAAGAUUCUCCGGCGAACGUUAACUCUCCGGUGGAGCUUAGAGAGAUGCUUCUAAUUCGAGCUAGCUUCUAAUAGGUCUGACUUAAGGAAAGGCAAGGGGACAGCUUUAUCUAUGAGAAGACUCGUUCCUGUAGAAAUGUCCAAAGAGGUUGAAGAUAGACAGAGUUCUUCUAGUAAUGUGGUUGCUAAACUAAUGGGUCUAGAGACCACAGCUUCCCCACGUAGCAGCAGCAGAUCCAGAAGCUCUUCCUUGGAUACUCAUGAUGCUCGAAAGUUUCAUGGAUAUGAAAUGUGGGUAUCACUGCCUCAUAAGGAGAACCUUUCAAGGCAAGGACAUUGUGAUGGAAGCGUGAGUGAUAGCAAAAAGCUGGAUCUUGUCCGUCGCAAGUUCAUGGAAGCCAAACGCCUUGUUACAGAUGACAAGCUUCACGGUUCCAAGGAGUUCCAAGAAGCCCUCCAAGUCUUGAGUUCCAACAAAGAUUUAUUCGUUGAGCUUCUCCAGGAAUCAAACUCCUUCUUUUCUCACGACCUUUCCGACUUUCACCCUGUUUUUGCUCAUCCAGAUGCUAAGCGCAUUACGGUACUGAGACCUUCAAAGGCUCAGAAAUGUCUUGUUCAAGAUAGCAGGGGCAAGCAGGUUAAGAAGACGCAGGAAACUGGAUGCACAGAUGCUGCGCAGCCAACUCGAAUAGUGGUCUUGAAGCCUAGUCCAGGGAAGGGUCUAGAUAUAAAGGCUAUUACUUCUUCAUCGCCUCCUUCCUUUUUUGAUGAGGCUGGAGAUGAUGAGACUAGACAAGUGGCCAAGGAAAUUACACGCCAAAUACGUGAAACUUUCAGAGGCCACUGCAGGAACGAGACUCUUUCCUCGUCUUCUUCUUACUCUGUCUUGUCCAAAGGCUAUCUCUCUGAUGAUGGUUCGUUAAACAGGUCCACCAACGAGUAUCCAGUGGGAAACUCUGAGAUCAUGUCACCAUCCUCUAGGCGUUCAUGGGACUGUGGGAAUAGGUUUGAGACUCCUUUCUCUUCCUCAUCAUUCAGACGAGUCUCCUUUUCUCCAGAGCCAUCUGUCUACAGAGAGGCAAAGAAACGGCUUUCUGAAAGAUGGGCAAUGAUGUCACUUAACGGAGACCCACAACAGCAACAAAGAAACCUCUCAAGGGUCUCAACCGCUUUGGGCGACAUGCUUGCUCUUUCGGAGACGAGAGUACCAACCAUAUGCAGUGAAGAGAGCAACAAAGCGAAGCAAGAAUCGAGAAGAUCGGUUUCAUGCAUAGGCAGUGGUCUAGAUCAAGUGGAAAGCGCAAGGGAUUCUACUCUGAAUACCUUUGUAAGGUCAAAUUCAGUCCCUGAGAUUAGACUCAAUGGUGGAACGUCUGCUCCAGGAACUUCAAAAGCACUAGCUCACAGAGAGCUUACCGAGUCAAGAAGCUUAAAAUCAUCAUGGAAAGUUCCAAGCUUGUUCUUCUUCAGGAAUAAGAAAGCAAACAAGGAGAAGACUGAUGCACUGUCUCAACUGGCUAAGCUCACUGAUGCAUUACAAAGAAGAAGUAUUUUUACAACCGAAGGAGAACUGACCACACAGAAUGAAAACCAGGACCAGCCGAGUCCAGUUUCGGUUUUACAGCAUCCUUUGGAAGAGGAAUAUGUGGGAAAUCCAGAAUGUUCUGGGUCAACCAAGCCAUGGACCAGCCAAGGAGGAAAAGAAAUGUCUCUGAAAUGUAGUCUUAUAGACAAAUCACCUCCAAUAGGAUCAAUCGCUCGUGUUUUCUCUUGGGAAGAUGAGCCAUACACAGACAUAACUAAACCCGGAAAUGGAAUAAAGGAAGAUGAAGACUGGUAUUACUUCAUCAAAACGCUUUUAAAAACAUCCGGUUUCAGCGGCAGUGAUCCGCUUAUGACCCGGUGGCACUCACCAGAUAGCCCUUUGGAACCAUCAUUAAGAGACAGGUUUGCCAACAAGGAACCCAUCAAACGCAGGAACCGGCGAUCAAACCGCAAGCUUGUGUUUGACUGCGUCAAUGCCAUCAUAACAGAGACAACAUCAACAGCUGCACGCACUGGCUUGACCUCUGGAUUCGACAUGGUGGAACAUGUUUGGACAGAGUUUAAGGAGUGGGUGGUUCAGGACUCUAACAGCUUGGAAGGAGAAAGUUUGGUGAGAGAAGAGGUGGUCGGAAAGAUGUGGAGUCAUAAUCUGCAAGUGGAAGUGAACAACUUGGGAAUUGAAAUUGAAGUGAUGUUAUUGGAAGAGCUUGUUGAGGAGGCAGUCUUUGAUCUUACUCAAUGAAACAAUGUAUAUACGCCUUCAUAUAAUUUACUAUUUAUGCAAGUGUUAUGCAUUCAUGAAACAUAUAAUAUAAUUUAUGAAAUAGUUUAACCAAUUA